UCGAAAGACUUCGAACGAGAAUAGCUUGAUUGACAGUAAAUAGGUUACUCUACGCCAACCGAUAUUCUAAUUACAAUGCGCAGUAGCGCAUAAAGUAGAAUAAUGCGUCGAAAUAGAAUAAUGGUUGCGUCAGUGUAAAUUAUGGUAGAACAGAGGAAAAAUAUCAAUUAAAAAAGCAAAUACAUCGUUUUUGAACAGACCCAGAAAUAUUUUUUUAAAAUGGUUCUACUUCACGUUAAGAACUGUCGAAUUAUAGAUUCAUUCUGAAUGUUCUCCCAUCUUGUCUGGUGUCGACAGGCAGACAAAGUCGAGGUUGCGUCGUUAUAUACAUACACCUAUUCGCGUACUAUCGCAAAUCAGAUGGAACCGCAUUUUUCCGACAAGUAAUAUCUGUUGCGACUUUUGUUACGCUUAUCUCGUCCGCUUGACGCGGUGGAGGCGCGACCAAUAUAGCAUCAUAUUAUCAAACAACAGCCAGACAGUCGCAAACUGGUUUCCCAUCAAGGUUAAGUUUAUAAAAGCACAAAAAUCAUAUUGACCGAACCAAUGUUCACGACCAGUUCGCGAUAACGGCUUCGAUCUAUACACAAAUUCAACUGACGUCGUUUGAAAUAGAGACUAUCUAAAGUGUGAAUAUUUAUUCCGCAUGGGAUGGCGCGUCACGCUCGGGCUCGUUUGUUUACACGAAAUUUGUCUCUGAGAAUUGUAGCUUAUAAUCAAAGUUCGCCGAUUUUGUCAAAAUAGAAAUAAACCAAUGAAUAUUACAGGAAAAACUAAUCUGUGUCAACGGUAAACAUUUUUGCCACCAUUCAGCGUGCUCUUUGUAUGGCCCACGUUUAGCGGAUUUCGCGAAACAGUUUGAAGACGGAAACAUCUCAGCAUGAGUUGUGCUAGUGUUUUGACCAGCAAGGACCUGCCGGAUAUUGAGAACCUACUGGCACUCAACCCUAGGGUCAAAACCCACGGAUCGUUGACGCCAACCGUUCAGACCAAAUCGAACAAGAAGCACUGGAAGCGUAACACCGACCGAUCCUGUGCGAGUUGCACUCCCCUUACAAAUGACUUCUCCGACAUCAAACAUACAACACUCUCGGAAAGAGCGGCCCUACGGGAGGCAGCUCGCUGUCUCAAAUGCGCCGAUGCUCCGUGCCAGAAAUCCUGUCCCACUCAGCUCGAUAUCAAAAGUUUCAUCACCAGCAUUGCCAACAAGAACUACUACGGGGCAGCGAAAGCCAUUUUCUCUGACAAUCCUCUUGGACUAACUUGCGGGAUGGUUUGCCCCACAAGUGACCUCUGCGUUGGUGGUUGUAAUCUGCAAGCCGUUGAGGAAGGAGCGAUCAACAUCGGUGGCUUGCAGCAGUUUGCAACGGAAGUGUUCAAACGCAUGGGACUGCACCAAAUUGUCCCACCUAAUGUGACCCCACUGAAGUUCCCCAAUAAAAAGGUAGCCUUGCUAGGCGGCGGUCCCGCUUCGCUCUCCUGUGCGACGUUCCUCGGACGGUUGGGUUAUAAGGACAUAACUAUAUACGAGAAACGUGACUAUCUUGGCGGGCUCAGUUCCGCGGAGAUCCCACAGUAUCGUUUACCGUAUGAUGUUGUGGACUUCGAGAUACAGCUCGUGAAAGACUUGGGGGUGAAGUUUGAAACCGGUCGCUCUCUCUCAACCAAGGACCUCACGGUCCAGGGACUUCUCGAUUCCGGCAACGACGCAGUAUUUUUGGGAAUUGGUUUACCACAACCUAAAGUCGAUAAAGUUUUUACCGGACUAACCCAAGCGCAUGGAUUCUACACCUCAAAGGACUUCCUCCCGCUGGUGGCGGAUGGCAGCAAGCCAGGUUUAUGCCAGUGCAAACUGUCCGCAGGAACCCUACCUUCUCUCAGUGGGAACGUAAUCGUACUUGGCGCCGGUGAUACAGCGUUUGAUUGCGCGACUUCGGCGCUCCGUUGUGGUGCCCGUAGAGUAUUUGUUGUGUUCCGCAAGGGUAACAACAAUAUACGGGCAGUUCCCGAAGAAGUUGAGUUGGCCCGUGAAGAGCGCUGUGAGUUCAUUCCAUUUAUGUCUCCGAAAGAGGUUAUCGUCAAAGAUGGAAAGAUCACUGCGAUUGAAUUAAUUCGAACUGAACAAAAUGAAGCAGGCAACUGGGUAGAAGAUCCUGAUCAGAUCACACGCCUCAAAGCUAAUUUUAUUAUUUCAGCCUUCGGCUCGGGAUUGAGCGACAAGGAGGUAAUCAAUGCGCUGAAUCCAGUUCCACUGAACCGCUGGAACCUUCCUCAGGUCGACCCAAAAACCCAACAAACUCCCAUCCCAUCCGUAUUCUGUGGUGGGGAUUUGGCCGGAGCUGCCGAAACCACCGUUGAAUCGGUUAACGAUGGUAAAACAGCUGCGUGGUUCCUGCAUUGCUACUUGCAAGGGAUUCCCUUCGACGCUCCUCCCCAGCUUCCACUGUUCUACACCGAAAUCGAUAAUGUAGACCUAUCGGUCGAGGUGUGCGGGAUCAAAUUCGAGAACCCAUUUGGCCUAGCAUCGGCUCCGCCCACCACAAGUACCGCAAUGAUCCGUCGUGCUUUCGAGCAAGGCUGGGGCUUCGCCGUUACCAAAACAUUCGCUCUGGAUAAGGACACGGUGACCAACGUCAGUCCCCGAAUAGUGCGUGGAGUGACUGCCGGGCAUAACUAUGGUCCACAACAAGGUGCUUUCUUGAACAUUGAACUGAUCUCGGAGAAAUGUGCCGACUAUUGGCUAACAGGUGUCACGGAGUUAAAGCGGGACUUUCCCACUAAGAUUGUGAUCGCCAGCAUCAUGUGCACUUACAAUGAAGCGGAUUGGACGGAAUUGGCAAAGCGAGCAGAAGCAGCUGGUGCCGAUAUGCUAGAGCUCAACCUCUCCUGUCCACAUGGUAUGGGUGAAUCUGGUAUGGGUCUGGCAUGCGGUCAGGACCCCACAUUGGUGUACAACAUUUCUCUGUGGGUUCGAGCAGCGGUGACUAUUCCAUUCUUCGUCAAGUUAACCCCCAACAUCACAGACAUCGUAGCAAUCGCUCAGGCAGCUCAACGCGGGAAGGCAGAUGGCGUAUCCGCCAUUAACACCGUCCAAGGGUUGAUGUCGUUGAAGGCGGAUGCUUCUCCCUGGCCAGCGGUUGGCAUUGACAAGAGAACAACUUACGGUGGAGUUUCCGGCAAUGCAACCCGUCCACAAGCCCUGCGAGCGGUUUCGUUGGUUGGAAACAAACUACCCGGUUUUCCUAUCUGCGGCAUCGGAGGUAUCGACUCAGCGGAUGUUGCUCUACAGUUCAUUCAGUGUGGAGCUCCAAUUCUACAAAUAUGUUCCUCUAUUCAAAACCAAGACUUUACCGUUAUUGAAGACUACAUCUUGGGACUUAAGGCACUACUAUAUCUGAAAGCUAAUCCUCCGCCGGAAAGUCUAUCGUGGGAUGGACAGUCGCCACCAACUCAGAAGCUACAGAAGGGUAAAGCUGUGGCGCCGAUCCGUGAUGACGAUGGAAAGCCACUGCUCCAUUUUGGAGAAUAUAUGAAAAAGCGCGAGGAAAAGUUGGCUAAGUUGCGUCUAGAGAAAGGACCACUGUGGGAUCCGUGUGUGGAAGAUGACAGAACAGUGAAAAAUGGAACAAACGUAACUGUUACGAAACCGGCUCUGAAGAUCAAAGACGUUCUGGGAGUUGCGUUACCCAAGAUAGGAUCGUACAAAAAUUUGGAUAACAAAAAACAAGUGGUUGCAUUGAUUGACGAUGAUCUCUGUAUCAACUGUGGUAAAUGCUACAUGACCUGUGCCGACUCCGGCUAUCAAGCCAUUCGGUUUGACGCGGACACCCAUUUGCCACAUGUGACGGAUGAUUGUACGGGUUGUAAUCUAUGUCUGUCGGUUUGUCCAAUAAUUGAUUGCAUAAGCAUGGUCCCAAAAACUAUUCCUCAUGUGAUCAAACGAGGACAGGUGAAGCAAGGAGUUGCCGUUCAUGCUCUUUCCCCAAGUCAGUAGCAUGCUCGAUGGCUCACGUUGCUGGAAAAUUACAUUCUAAUUGCAUUUAGAUAGACGGAAGUCAACUAAACUGCCUUCCAAUAACUGUCGUUUCUUAUUCCAAGGACACAUUUAUGUUGAAGAAAUAAAAAUAUUAUUAACAAA